AUGUCUUCAGGGGCUGAAGAGCAGUCUGCGGAAGCUCUUGAGACACAGCCGAUGGAGCUCGUCCUCGUGCCAGGUACGAUGCGAUUGCUUCCUCGGUGCCUGUCAUUUCUCCAUGUGGUCGCCUUUCUCUCAGAUGGCCAGCCAGCCAUGGCCAUGGAUCAUCAAGAGGCGAGCCGCCAGCUGCCCUGGGCCGGCCUUGCGGACGGCUGGAGCCCAGAGACGUACAAGGCGACGAUGAAGGGUAACAGCAGUACCUCAUCAAAAGAACGAACAAGCGUAUUGUCUCUUCUCUUCUCUGUUUGUAAUGGAUUCGUCAGCCUAUGAGCAGUUCUGGCACAACCCCACCUGUGACCCCACAUGGCCAUCCGACUGCACCGAUCCCGUCUCAUGCUUCCUUCAGGCAGAGCUCAGCAUCAUCAUGUAGGCAAAGAAACAAACCAAACAACCGAAUUUUCUCUCCGACUGUCCCUUUUCGCACGCUCCUCAGCGCAUUCAAUUACUUUGACAAGGCACGCAUGACUCGUGCGAAAGACCUGCUGGGCAUGUCACUGCAGCUGGCCGAACAGGUAAUGCCAACCUGGUAGACACAGGGGCUGCACCAUUUCAGCUCGAAAGAAGAAGGCGCUGCGGGCCAGCGAGGCAAGGUAAUGAGCACGUUGAGCGGACACAAAAUCAUUUGAGAUACGUUCUUUCAUGUGUAUGAAGUGUCUCUGAGGAUGACGGG